GACAGCUGUCCCGAAGUUGUGGACAGUUUGUUUAAUGUUAGUAUUUAUUGUUUUAAUUUGUUUAGGCUAAGAGUUAGGGAUGUCAUCCUUUCCCUCAGUGUGCAAAACCCUCCAUGUAUCACCUUCAUCCAGGGAACAUGUUUGUGAUCCUGUUGGGUUGAUUUUCAGCCAAGGUGGAUGUUUAACACACGAUCAUGGGCAGAUGUUGGGACCUGAGCUCGGUCUAAUGGAGAUGUCAGAGUCUGAAUAUUCACACUUUCAGCACCUCAUCCAGGCACACGUGGAGGCACACAAUGCCACUUCAAAUUUGCCAGAUGCCAGAUCCCAACCCUCUACAGAGAUGGUGAAAGACACCAUUGUGAUUUCCCCCUUGUCGUCAACUCAAGCUAUUGACCUGUCAUCUUCAACUGAUGAUCACAGUCUGGUGAUGCCAGGAGAAAAGACACCAACGUCUUACGGAGAGGUCCCAAGUUUUGUGCUGGCCAGAGUCAGGGGUGAAGACAGCCCGACUGGACCACCUACCAACUGCUCACAAAAGAGACCCAUAUCGGCUGCUAGAGUUUGCUUGGUGAAAAGGUUUGACACCAUGUGUGCUGACGCCUCAAGCCAGCAGGAUACUCAGUCUGCAGUUCUCAGCAAUUCUUUGACAACACUUCAGCAGUCUGCAGAAGCUCAAGAAGCAGUCAGACAACUUCAGUUGCAAAAGUGGAUGAAAACUGACAGGGUGAUUGGCCACAUGCCUCACAUUGUUGAACCUAACAAACAGAGACUGAUCAUCCCCAAUGGUAUCUUAUUUAAUUUCUGCCCAGAGAGGGUUUUCACAAAAACUCACUACACAAGUGGCAGCAACUCAACAGGGGAGCAGCAGUUGGACACCAUAGGAAAUGAUGUGGCAAUACCCACUGCCUCUGGGAAGCAUGGUGGCACACACGGCCCUCAACCUGUCAAGGCUGCUCCAGCUGCCCCAGACUCUGCUGGAGAAUCAAGGAGCAGCACCAGCAAAAGAGCUCGAUCUCAUAUGUUGCUUAUCCAACGCAGGGAGAGGCACAACAGUAAGGAGAGGGAACGCAGGAAGAGGAUUCGUUCGUACUGUGAUGAGCUGAACAUGCUUGUGCCAUUCUGUGAGUCAGAUACAGACAAAGUCACCACCCUAAAGUGGACCACUACCUUCCUCAGAUACAUCAGUGAAACAUAUGGAAAUGCAUUCAGACAGGAGUUUCAAAAGACGUUCACUAAUGGAAAGAGACACGUCCUUAAAUCCAGCCUUUCUUUAGGCCAGUUCCAAGUCUCCCUAGAGAUGGAUGAGACACUGAGCACUCCUCAUGUGGUAGAGCAAUGACCAUGUUGUCUAAUUUUAAUUUCACAUUUAAGCUUGGUGUCCCCAGAAGUCUGGCUGUGGGUUAGGUCAACAUGUUGUAAAAUUUUAUAAGACAAAAAGUUUCCUUUUGAGAGGAGCUUUGCUUCCAGCUGACAACAUCAAAAUGGUUUAAAAAAUGUUUUCAGUGUUACAUCUCAGCACCACACUGCAAAGUGUAUGAGUAAUAAUAAUAAUAAAAUGUUAUUUAU